CCUAGGUAGGUAGCAGCCAGACACACGCAGGCGGCACCGCCUCCACCUCCGCCUCCGCCUCCCACGUGCUCCACAGCCAGCCAGCGUGUUUCAUCGACGACAAUGGCAACAGCAGCAGCAGCAAAACCACACAUGUCUUCAUGGCUCCUCGUCCCGCCUCAGCGCCAGAGAACGGCAUGGUGCCGGCCCCGGCAGCAAUCCAGGCGCAGAAACCAACAACAAGAAGAAGAAAAAGACGAGCUCAAGCUCAAGCACAAGCACAAGCCCAAGCCAAAGCCACCGCACAAAAAAAGAAACAAGAACAGAACCAACCAACCAGCAACAGCCACAGCAACCCGCAACGGCAACACAAAAACAGCAGCACAAACCGUCGAAAGAGGGAGAGGGAGAGAGGGAAAAAUGCGUAACAUACGUAGAGAGCGAGCAAAAAGCAAGCGAAGGAGAGAGAGACAAUCCACACACAGAGAGAGAGAGAGCAACGUAACAAAGCAAAAAAGACCACGCCCCGCCCCCGCCCCGCCCCUAGCGCCUUUUUUUCGCCGCCGACUCCCACACCCCUUGUUCGUCCGGCCCUUCCCUUCGACUCCUCGUGAUGCUUGGCUAGCCAACCUGACCUGACCUGACUUAAGCCGUAGGUGCGUAGAGUGCGUGGAGAGCGUACUCAACCGUCCUCUUUACUACCCUCCCGGCAGCCAGCGCUCCGCCGUCCCAUCCCC